UCAUUCAAUUUUUUUCUGUGUGAAAUAAAAAAGGUAGCUUGAAGAAAAUUGUGGAGAGGAGAGAGAUGGGGUCAUCGUUAUCGGCGUCAAAGAGAGUCGAGAAUAGUUUGUCAAACUCGGGCGAUUUUGACUCGGUAUGCGACUCGGCCUUCUCCCACUGCCUCGCUCUCACUCAGCAUGCUUUCCAUGGAGUGCUUCCGUACCAACUCAAAACCGCCUCCGACUACAUCCACGCCAACGCCACCCACGCGCUCCUCCGAAAGUGGGUCCCAGCACCACCCGAUCGCACUCAAAUCGACGCCGCACUCCGCCGCCUCCCUCCGAAUCCCGACGACGACACCAUCCCACUCCCCCUCUUCAAACAAUGGGCUUACCACCUAUACACCGACGCCGUCGUCUCCGCAGCCUCCAAAGCGCUCAUGGUGCGCCUCCCCGUCGGCGUUGCCGGGAUCGUCGGAAUCGGCGCCGUCACUCGCCCCCCUCCUCAAUUGAUUGGCACCUUCGUCGGAGCCUACUCCCUUGGCGUUACCCUCUCCAUUUUUCUCGGCUUAUCCUCUUAAUAAUAAUUGCGGUUCCAUUUC